AUGGAAGUUGGGGGAACCACCACCGCCAAGAUCGCGCAAGAACAAUACGAAACCAUCAUGGCGAAAAAUAUGGAGAACAACCAUUUUUCAACGCUGUACCGACGAAUGAAGGAGAUGGAGAGACGUUGCCAGGUCAUGACGGAGCAGGGCCUAGAAAAUCAAGACGAACUAGACAACUUAAGAGCGCUCCGCAAGGAAAGAACUCGAAUAGCUGGUAUUUUGGAGAAUGGGGGCAAACCGUCACGAAAUGAAGAACUGGCGUACGCCAAGUCCAAGAACAUCGAUGAAGAUAUCAAAGAACUACAGCGGCAAGAUCUGGCUCUUAUGGUGGAGAAUGAGAAGAUGUUUGAGAAGGUGGAAAAUGCCAAAAAAUCCCUCAAAGACUAUGCCCUAAACAACAUGAAAACCACCUAUGCAUACAAACAAAAUGAUGAAUUCUACAAGGUCGGGUCGGGAAGCUGCUUGCUACAAAUGGAUCGUGAGGAUGAGAGACAGGUGGGAGCGGCGUAUGUGGCGUUUUUCAAAGAAGCAGACCUACGAAAGCUCACCCGAGAAGAAGUGACCCCCAUUGUCAAAAGAUACGCCGAGGCAAUCCCUCCUUCGAACCCAGACCGACAGAAAGUCAUGGAUUGUUGGAAUUUGUUGCGAGACCACCCAGACUGCCCACGCUUCCAGUUCUACGAGAAGGUUAAGCACACGCUUACGGAUCGACAUCGGGAUGAAUUUGUGGAGAAGUUCAACACGGUGUACGAUAAUGAGGAGCAUCGGGCGGACCUGCAGAAUAGUAUGGAUGAGAAAACCUGUGCCCGACAAUUACUAGUCCAAAAAAGGACAACAUACCACCUCUCGGACGCGCUAAUGAAGGAGUACAAGGCUUACAAGGAUCGAAUGCCAAAAGAUGAAUUGGAGAAGUUGGGGAUAACGGACGAGAUGAUCCGGACGUAUGAAAAUGGUCAGAAGAAGAAGAAAGAAGGGAAGAAAAAUCACCAAAGGGAUCGUCAACACUACAAAGGAAACCGACGACACAAUAGGGGCGACCGUGAUGGUAGGGAUAGAUAUUACGACCGACGGCAAGACCGACGAGAUGGUGGGGGAAGGAGAUAUUAUGACAAGCCGUACGACCGCCAAAGAGACUACGGGAAACCAUACUGGAAGGAAGGAAAACAGGACCGAAAGGACUUCCGAUCAAACCAUGUUGGAAAAGGAGAAAAUGGAGGAAAAAACUGA